GUGAAUGCUUUGUGAUUGUUGCUCAAGUUGCCAGUGGAGCAGCGGGGAUAACAUCGUAUCAUCCGUCUUUCGUAAUAGUUUGGAUAUACACGAAAAAAGCUUUUAAAAUGUUCAUUGCGAUUAGAAAGUAGUCUUCUAUGGCUUGUGAUGUUUCAUGAUAAGUGAAUUCUCUAGCAAGUUGCCGCGUAUUGGAUGCCGUGUAAAAUGUAAUCAAAAUUUCAUAGUCCACGUCGAGACAUGGGUUCCAGAAUAAGAGACACUGUACGUUAUUUGUUUGAAGUAUUCUGUGAAGUGUCACCAGGCGAGCUUGGAAAGGACCCAUAUAUUUUAAGGAAAUAUCCAGAGUCAUACAAAAAUGAAGAAGAGUUGAAAAAUGUACCUAAGUUCACAUUUCCAUGUGCCUUAGAAAAUACAUUUGCCCAACACUAUUCAUUUGUGUUGACAUCAGUGGAUUCCAAGUACACAUUUUGUUUUUGUCGAUAUGAUCCUAAAUCCAACACAUCACUGGUGUUGCUGUCACACCUGCCUUGGCAUGACAUAUUUUAUAAGUUAUUAAAUUGUAUAGCGAAUAUAAUACAUAGCCCCGAGAAAAGUCAGUUGACUUCGUUUCUGGAAGCAUGUCGCAUCCGGCCGCCGAUGCCGGGUCACACGCUGAAGGUUAUCUACGACGCGGGCCACAGCGCCUUCACCUGUCAGAGUCCAGACGCUAAACUACCAAGUAUUCCAGAAAAUUGCAACCUAACGGAGUACUUCAGCGCUGUGGACACGAAAUGCAUGGCCGGUCUGUGGGCGGCGCUGCUGCACGAGCGGCGCGUCGCGAUCGUCGCGUCGAAGCCGUCGCGCCUCUCCGCGUGCGUGCAAGCCGCGAACGCGACGCUCUUCCCGAUGUCCUGGCAGCAUAUAUUCAUACCUAUACUGCCGAAGCAUUUGGUUGAUUAUCUGCUGGCGCCAAUGCCGUUUCUCAUUGGAGUUCCUAGGAGUGUGAUGGAUAAUGUAAGAAUGUCUGAAAUUGGUGAUGUGGUCGUAUUAGAUGUAGAUGCAAACGAGCUUAGAUCUCCAUUUCAUGAUUUAGAAAGUCUUCCGCCUGAUUUAGUAGCGAGUUUAAAAAAAGCUUUAAGUGAUAAGAAUGCAUUGGGUGAUGCCGUGUCAAGAGCGUUCCUACGCGCGUUAGUCUGCUUAAUAGGUGGCUAUCGAGAUGCGAUUAAAAUUGAAAACGGCCAGCUAAUAACAUUCAAUGACGAAGCGUUCGUAAGAACAAGAAAAAACAUGCAACCAUUCCUUAGAAAAAUAUUACAAUCCCAAAUAUUCCAACAAUUUAUCGACGAAAGGCUGGAAUUGCUCAAUUCUGGGCGGGGAUUCAACGACGAAUUCGAAGUGGAGUGCAACAAUUACGCCGACAAACUAAGCACGGGGAGUGGGCAGAAGCUGAAACAGCAGUACCGCGACUGGGCCAAAAACGUCAAGAAAGAAGGCGGAGCUUUCUUCAAAACAGUCAAAGACAAGGCAAAUCCAGCUGUACAAUCGGCCGUCAAAACGGUCCGGCAAGGCGGUAAAAACAUGAAAUCAGCGGUCAGAGGGCUAAAAAGCAAAAUGCCCAGGACGGGCUCGAGACCGUCGUCUAUCAACACCACAGACGACAGCAGGUUUUCGUGCGGCUCUGCGACUCCGGUGUCGUCGGACUCGUCGGAGUCGUCGCCCGCGCACGAGCCCCCGACCCCCCGCGACCCGCCCCCAGCUCUACCCCUCGACCUCCUCACCGAAAUGGAGUUCCUAUUCGCCAGCAAGAAUUCACAACGCCGUGACAGUUUCCCCAACAGUUCGCACAACUCCGAAAUUAGUCUACCCGACAAAGCUAAAACACUGUCACCAUGCAUCCCACCCCGGUUACCGGAACGUCCCCAUGUCCCACUCCGUUACCCAAUUAUAUCCACGAGGAAACUCGUCGAUCUGUCCGAUGCCCCGACGCCGCCGCCGCGCUCCGCUCCCGCGCCGCCCAACAAUACGCAUUUCAUAAGUAACAUCACUAAAAACGACGUGAAACCCACGUCCGAUUUCCACACGAGCACGAUAAGGUUCACAGAGGGGAAUGACAAGGCCAAGCUUAAGCUCACGCUCUCCACCAAUCAGAGGAAAGUACCGCAAUCGAUACCGCAACCGUGUAACGGCUCAGCGCCCAAAAUAGCAGCGCCCACUGUCACUGUGGCUAGGCAGAAACAAGAUGGCGGCAGGCCGCGACCGCCGCCUAGGCCGACUGUCGACAUACCCUCGAACAAAGGAAAAAUCACCGAGUCGUGUGGCUCAGAUACUGAUCUCAUUAAACUGGACGAUUCGCCGACAGACCUAGAAGAUUUCGAUCCGCUUAAGUGUCGUGAUAAAAAACAAAAAGUCGAUCAAGUCAAGUCGUCUGCGGACAGUGCUCUCUUACACGAGUAUGGGCUGGAUUUCAGUCAGUUCGGUUUGUUAGAUUGUUCCGCGGGAUCGAGCACUGCUCAGGAGCACGCCUCUAGCGUACCCAAAGGGUGGACCACGUUCAACUAGUCCACUCGCUUAGAACAAAUUUCUCAUUGUCUAUAUAGUUGGGUAUAUUUUAUAUGUAUAACGCUUUCUAUUUUUAAGACGUAGAUUAAAAUUAUUUAUUUAUUAUUUAGAUUGUUUUAUACAUGUAUUAAAUUAUUGUAAAUAUUGUUACAUAUCAAUUGAAUUGUACAUUAGAUUUUUGUUUUUAAUCGUUAACCAGGAUAUGUGUAUAUGUGUUUUUAUAAUUUAAACGUGUAUAAUUUUAUGAUUGUUCCGCGUAAAUGCGACAUUAUGCGUGAUUAACAUACUGUUAGUUUCAUUUGUAACGCAUUGUGUGCUUGUAGUUCUUCCAAUACGUAAACUGUGCUUGACACUUCUAUCGGUUCGCUUAUAAAUUUAAUUAUCCCAGCAUCGCACUGAGAAUUGGUUCAUAUUUUAUAUCAUUUCUCACUACUUCGGUCCACACUAGUAUCAUUUUGGCGUCUCACGAAUAAUCACUAUUCAUAUUAAUUGUCCAGUAACUCUUUAAAGGUUUUAUUGGCUGUGUCUUUAUAGUAGAUAUCUGCAUUAAAAUAUAGGUUCAUGAUGCACUUGAAGGUAAAUGUCGUGAGUGUAAAUAUAAAAUUCUUGAUCGUUGAGCCUUAUUGUUUGGUAAUAUUUUUUGGUAACAUAUGAUUUUUUAAUUUCUUGAUGGUUAUUGACGAACCAUGUUACCGGUAAAUAAUUACCGUAACGUACAUCGGUAUAAAAUCCCAUAUUUCUUUGAGCAAUAAAUGUUAAAAAAACGAGUGCCGUUUAAAACGGCAGUAUUUUAAACAGUAAAAAUUAAACAUUUAAAAAGUAUAAACUGGGCAAAGGCAUUCAAAAUACGUAACCGUUACGGUUUCCGCAAUCUUCCUUUAUAUUCUUUUUUGUGAUAAAACUGUUUGUAAAACAUAAAACGUGUUUACAUACAGAAUGUACUUUGCGUGUAUUUUGCUAAUGCCGAUGCUCUGACAAUUUUGUCAACUUCGUGUCUGAGGGUCGGAUAAAAAAUGUCAUGAGACAAGACGUGAACUGACGUUUGAUUUAACGACGUCAAGUGGCGUAACAAUAUCAAACGAUUACACCGUUAUAUUUAUAUUGGAUACGUACCUAAAGUAUCAAGAUGCAUUAUUUUGUGAAACAUUAUUAGGACACUUACUACUUUAUGGCGUAAGUAACAAUGAAAGUCGACGGUACAAAUGACUCAAAAUGAUACAAUGUGGACACAGCCUUAACUAUGUUUUGAGUUAGGUCCUCUAUUAAAUAAAUUAUAUAAUCUAUCCGUGUAUAGUAACAUACCUAUUGAUAAAUGAAAUAUAGCCUCAUAAAUUUCCUUGUCUUUAUGAACUUGUAAUUAAAGAGUACAAUUAGCUUUUUAUAAGACAAUGAAAUUAUUUUGUCGUUGUAUUCCAAAUAGAUAUUCUCUUGUACGAUUAUAAUGUGUAUAGUUAUAUUAAUAAUAUUUCGUAAGGUGCUGUGUAGCGAACCUAAUAAAUUAUGAACGCGAUAAAAAAAAAUCUAUUUUGUCUCUGUGUACCAACGUAUAAAAUAAUCAAGUUCAUCAUGUUCGAGAUUUGUAAAAUAUUACGAUCUUGUAGAAUAAAGGAACAUACACACAAAAAAUAAAAGACUUACAAACUCU